AUGCGUCGGACACUCGUUCUUUUCCUCGGUCUCGCCGCAGUGGGAUUUGCUCAAGACCCGACUGCUCCUGCGACCGACUCGUCGACCCCUACUUCCACUGACUCCAUCACUCCAGCUCCCUCCCCGACGGAUGCAUCAUCGGGUGCAGACGGCGCCGACCUUGGCAAUUCAACGAGUACUACGAGCACGUCGCAGGAACCGAUAACGCAUACGGUUGGGGUCGCUUUGGGAGGCCACACGUUUGUGCCUGACGUUACGCUCGCAAAAGUCGGCGACACAAUCCUCUUUCAAUUUUACCCUACAAACCAUUCCGUCAUCCGAGCAGAAUAUGGCUUUCCCUGCAUUCCCUACGAAGACACGGGCGUCGAUAAACUUGGAUUCUUUUCCGGCUUUUAUCCAGUAGAUGUAAUAUUGAGUGAGCCGCCAGAGUGGUCCCUCGUGGUCAACGACACGAAUCCCAUCUUCUUCUACUGUGGCGCUCCGGGCUCAUGUAUCAACUAUCAAAUGGUCGGCGUGAUCAAUCCCAAUGCCACCACAUCGCUUCAGCAUCAAAAAGAUCUCGCCUCACAAGCGCAGUUCAUGCUCCUGCCGGGUGAGCCAUGGCCCGAGGAAAGCGAAGAUCCAUUCACCACGACCGCCUCGACUCCCAGUCCGACAGCCACUGGGUCUGAUUCGGAGAGUGCAGCCUCGGACAGUGUAGCCAGCUCUGGCGACCACGGCCAUUCGAGCCUAUCGAGCGGGGCUAUCGCGGGCAUUGCGAUUGGGGCUGCUGCCGUGGCCCUUGCCGCCGCCGUUGCCCUCUAUCUCUGUGGAAGGCAGUCCCGAGGUCGCGGCGCAAAGCAUGUCGACGAUCGUCCAAGCACAGGCCACGCUACUCAAGUGUCCUUCAAUCCUGCAGCAUCUCACAUGUCGUACAUGACCGAUCCUGCGAAGCACAUGUCGGUGCAUAGCAGUGUCGUUGGUUUGGGACCAUCUCCAGCACUACCAGGAUAUGUCCCACCACACGAUCCGGCCAUGUCGCCGGGAUUCCAUCCUGCAUACAUGCCCGUCAGCGAUUCACUUGGCCCGGCACAUACAGGACCAGGAAGUGAUAUCGCAUCACCACACAGUCCGAGUCCGAGCCAGAUGUAUUCCGUGCCAGCCUAUCCCGGCGGUAUGCCACAGAGCAUGCACUCCACACCACAUCAAUCAGUCAUGUACACCGCAGUGCCACCUCCUCACGUUCACGAGAUGGCCGCUUCAGUGCCACUUCCCGGCCAGCCGCAAUCACAUACACCUCAGGGCGCUGGCAUCAUGGGCUUUAUCCGACGGUCCAGCGUCAGCAAAGCCGGCGGUGUGGAGAGAUAUGGCUGA